CUUCGCUCCUAUUGACUACUGAAGCGACCCCUUGGCGAAUAGAGAUGGUGAUGUCGCUGAUGAAGACGGGCCCCUUGCUGCUAGUCUUGGCGGCGAUGGCUGACCUGUGCCACGGGUCCGGAUCUAGUCCCUUGGAAGACCCGUGCUUCAAACCAAUUUCGGCGGUCACCUGCCGGCUUUCGCAGGACGACAGCGGAGAAGCGUGCUCGUGGUGUUCGUCCGAGUUGCUCCCUUCCAAGUGCCUGCCGCCAUCGAUGGCCAAGUUUCUGCCAACAUUUCUGUUCACGUGUGACGGUCAGAGCAACGCUGCUGCUGAUGCCAACGGCGAGGCGAAGGCGAUGACGGUGCAGCAGCCCCCGGAGGUCUCCGGCGAUGCGCCCGCACUGCCGGAAGAGGCUACCGCCGCCGCCGGCAGCGAUCCCGCAGAGGACUACUGCGUCACGGCCACGUCGGCAGACGAGUGCCGGAGCAUGGUCGACAAGACCGGCGAAACGUGCUCCUGGUGCACCAGCGAGUCCAUCCCCGCGACGUGCCUGCCGCCGGCGCUGGCGAAGUACCUGCCGCCGUUCGUGUUCACGUGCGACAACAACGCCGACGCCGAGGAGGUGGAGACGACCACCGCGCUCGAACAACAACAGCAGCAGGAGGAACUGCCCUGGGGGGAGCUCCUCGACCUUCUGGACGACUACCUGUACCGCCCAGAACACGCGGACAUGGACUGGGCAGAGCAAGGCAGGGCCGCCAUCAUGAGGCACCCGGCGGCGCAACAGAUCGGCGAAGACGAUUGGUACGAAACGAAGCUGUUCGAAGAACACAAGGCCGCGAUGAAGGAUAGGCCCGUCGGGCAGGAAGAAGUCGACGUGACCGGCGGUGAUCUGGGGGAGUGGUGCGUGAGCGCUACCACCGCGGAGGAGUGCAGGUCUUCCGUGGACGAGGGCGGAACGACGUGCGUCUGGUGCACGUGUCAGUCUGUACCCUCGGAGUGCGUGCCCGCAGCGAUCGCGAAGAAACUGCCGAAGGUGGUGUUCAACUGUGACAACAACGAGGAUGAGGAUGAGGAUGGCACCGCCGCCACGCUGGGACAGGAGGAGCGAGAAAAUGCGCUGUUUCGUGAAUGGAAGGAGAAGCACGGUGUGACGUACGCGGACGAGGAGGAGGAGAGGGAACGCAUGGGCGUGUUCCGAGACAACCUGCGCCAGGUUGCCGACGACGCGGUAACCCCCCGCAGCUACUCCCUCGGGCUGAACCGGUUCUCGGACAUGACCUGGGAGGAGUUCCAGGCGACCCGCCUGGGCUUCGGCAGCGCCCUGAGCGCGAGCCAGAACUGCUCGGCGACCCACGUCGGCAGCCAGUACCGCGCCCUCGGCCUGAGCAAGGGCCGAGCCCCGCCCGCCGCGCGCGACUGGAGAGACCUCGGAGCGGUGUCGGUGGUGAAGAACCAGGACCACUGCGGGUCUUGCUGGACCUUCAGCACCACGGGCUGUCUUGAGUCUCACCACUACCUGCGGACCGGGGAGAUGGUCCUCCUCUCCGAGCAGCAGCUGUUGGACUGCGCCGGGGCCUACGAUAACCACGGCUGCAACGGCGGCCUGCCGUCCCACGCGUUCGAGUACAUCGCCAGCGCGGGAGGGCUCGACACAGAGGAGGCCUACCCCUACAUGGCGGAGGAGUCGGGUUUGUGUUCUUUCGCCGACCGAGGCAUCGGGGCGGACGUGAUGCGGUCGGUCAACAUCACCUUCCAGGACGAGCGCGAGCUUCUCGAGGCUGUCGGAAACACGGGGCCCGUGAGCGUGGCCUUCCAGGUCGCCCCCGACUUCAAGGCCUAUGCCGGAGGCGUGUACGACAACCCUUCGUGCUCAACUCUCCCCGAACAGGUGAACCAUGCGGUGCUGUGCGUGGGCUACGGCACCACCGAGGAAGGCGUGGACUACUGGAUCAUCAAGAACUCUUGGGGACCGGAGUGGGGUUUGGAUGGAUUCUUCCAUAUGGCUCGCGGGAAGAACAUGUGUGGAGUCGCAGACUGCGCUUCUUUCCCUCUAGUCCCCUGAAAUAACCCUCCCCCUCGAGCCUAGCUGAGCGCGCAAUCGUGGACGUGAAUGACCUUCGCUUUGGAAGCGCAUGCCUAGGAAGGCAGCUUGUAUGUGUGUCGUCGGCUUGUCAUGCCAUGUGUUGAGCCUCGCGGGUCGUGACAGCCGCACUGCUGUGGGCCCCACGCACGUCAUUGUGGCGUUUCUUGUUUGGUUCUGUCUCGACAUGGACGAAGAAGAUAGCGUGCCUGUGGCAAAUGAUGUUCCCUCCCUUACUUGAGCUGGUUGGUAGCUUUGUUGUUUGUCGGAGGCAAGCUAGUACCAUGCACGCACGUACACGCGGGUGAGAUCCCUCUCUCCACCUCUCUCACCCUGUGAGCGGAAACUUGUGUCCCACCUAGCUUUUGUUGCGCAGCGUAGCCCCACCGAUUAGCCUCGAGCGAGUUUCGGGUGGCUGGCAUGGUGAGGCGUUUCGUUUGAUUUUGUAUGAUGGACGGGCGAGCGAGCGAGGGCGGUGGUGCUAUUGUACGAUACAGGACAGCACACGCACAAGCACGUGGCGCCGGUUCCCUUCCAAUUGAGAGGGUCGGGGAUGCAAGUGUGGAAACAUGGUCGAGGGUUGGUUGACGUGUAGACAGGUUCGAUGGGUGUGGCCGUUUGUCUUCACGCUUGUCGGCUUCAAUGGUAGUACUUCUACAUUUAAAAGCAGUGGGGGACUUGUAGGGGAGUGUCUUGCCCUAAGGCUCUGACGGGAGCGUGAGGAAAUAGGAGGAAGGAAACGUGUUUGGGGCGAAAGCACUUGGUAGGCAGGGAGGUGAAACUCUCCGGGGGGCGGCUGUGUUUCGGUUUUGGAGCGAUGGUGAUUUUCACACCCAUCCAAACGUAGUUUGUACAGAGCAAAUUGUGUGGUACGUAUUUUCUUGGUUGAUGAUUUUAAACCUAUGGCAGCAAGCAAGCUGUCAAGACUUUCUUUUCGCGGCACCAAGUGAGGCGUGUGGUCGGAAUCAGAAUGAAUGGACCGCUGUGUAUAUUAGUUACGUACGUAGAGCAGAACAAAAUCCGGGGUUCACCCAAACGUCUGGGGAAGCUCCUAUUCUCCCCCCUUCUCGUUUCCCUUUGGCAGUGCAAAAGUGCCCGGGGAAGCGUCAGCUUUUGAUAUUUUGUUCCUUGUCGGUCGUGCCUGAGCCGCGGGAGGGUUGGUUGCCCGACCAUAGCUUGAACUGCUGCUGUAGGCUUUUCUUUCGUUCGUUCUUCGCAUCUCGUGUACGCAAGCGCAAGGUGCCCUCUCUACUCCUCCCAUCCCGUGUCUUUGAGCACUGGGUCACCCCACCAAUUCUAUCUCAAAAACACAGAAAGCAGACCUCUUGGCAAGCAGUGCACCUGUGGCUAACGCCGGCCCAGUGCGGCACGGAAGACACGCAAAAGGUGGCGGCUUUCGCAGAGAGCAAACAUCAACUCCCAGGAAAACCAUCUCGCCGUGUCGUGUAGUUGUACACCACAAAACGCGAUGCCAUUGCUGCUCUAGCCACAGGCGACGCUUCCCGGUGCCUCCAUCAGUGCUGCCUGCCGAAUACCGCCACACUUAGCGCUAGUCAUCGAGGUCCUCGAGGGGGUUCCUCUCUCAGCAUCACCACCAUCGCCAGAUCUCUACGUCUUUGCUUCUUCCACGCCACCGCCCUCCUCCCCCUCUUCUUCGGCGGCUGGCACCGAUUCAGACGACGCCUGCGGCGGGGGCACCGCCGAGCCGAACCCGAAGUCGUCCUUCCCGCCGCCCCCCCAGCCGUCGUCCCCUGGGUCCUUGUCCAGGUCCAUGUUGAGGUCGUCCAUCAUGCUGCCCGAGUCGCCGCCGAGCCCCCCUCCUGCCCCUCCAAGGCCGCCAAGGCCGCCAAGGCCGCCGCUGCUGCUGCUGCCGCUGCUGCCGCUACCGCU